AGUUCGACACCGAAGAACAAUCAGAAGAAAUGCAUCUGAAGAAAAUAUUCGCAUUGUUCGCUGCGGGCCUGGCAGUAGCCCAGGCUGUUCCAACGUCGAAGACCGAAGAAACUUUGGAAAAGGAGAUUCUGAAGUUGGAAGAAGAAGUGAAGGACCUGGAGAGAUCUAAGAAGUCGGUGCUAUAUUUAAAUCAGCCUCCGACGCUCCUCCCAAGUCAAACCUACAGUAUCCAGGUGCCUGGCCAACCACCGAUGCAGACCCUAAGUAUCCAACAGCCUGAAUCUGUCCAAACCUUGAGUAUUCAAGCCAAUGGUCAACCAGCUCAACUCCUCAACAUUCAAUCAGCGCCACAGGUUGCUGAAACCAUUAGCAUUCAAUCUAAUGGUCAACCAGCUCAGCUUCUUAACAUCCAAUCGGCACCACAAACUGUUGAAACGCUCAGCAUUCAACAACCUGCACAAACUUUCAGUAUUCAAGCCAAUGGGCUACCAAACCAGCUUCUUAAUAUCCAAUCCGUACCACAAGCUGUCGAAACUCUCAGCAUCCAACAACCAGUUCAAACUUUGAGUAUCCAAGCCAAUGGACAACCAACUAAACAUUUCAAUAUUCAGUCCGUCCCACAAACUGUCGAAACCCUUAGUAUUCAAUCCAAUGGCCAACCAGCUCAGCUCCUGAAUAUUCAAUCAGGACCACAAACUGUCGAAACUCUCAGCUUCCAGUCCAAUCCUCAACAGUCUGCAGUCCUCAACAUCCAAUCUGGAGCACAAUCUGUCGAAACCCUCAGCAUCCAACAACCAGUUCAAACCUUGAGUAUCCAAGCCAAUGGACAACCAACUAAACAUUUCAAUAUUCAGUCCGUCCCACAAACUGUCGAAACCCUUAGUAUUCAAUCCAAUGGCCAACCAGCUCAGCUCCUGAAUAUUCAAUCAGGACCACAAACUGUUGAAACUCUCAGCUUCCAGCCCAAUCCUCAACAUUCUGCAGUCUUCAACAUCCAAUCUGGACCGCAAUCUGUCGAAACUCUCAGCAUCCAGCCAGCAGGACAGCCUGUUCAAACUCUGAACUUUAUCCAGGGGCAACCUAGCGCCACCGUGAUUGCUCAGCCGAGUUCGUCAUUCACGGAGAUUAUCCAAUCGGCUCAACCUCUGCCAGCGCAAACCAACGUGAACAUCGUUCAACAACCUUCAGUUUCGGUCAAGGAAUCUGUGGUGGUGUCAAGCGAUCCAGUCGUCGAAACGAUCACCCGGGAAGUUGUCAAGCCCGUGGCGGAAGAAAUCAUCGUUUCGCCAGUGCAAAAUGAAGUAGUCAUGGACAUUGCUUCGGUGGUACCAACUUACAGAGAACAGGUGGUCGUUUCGCCAUCCAACUCUUUUUUCAUGAUGUCGGAUCCGGAGAUGAUGCCCUACGUGAAUGUUCCUCAAAUGCAGUUCUACAACCCAAGAGUUCUGACAGCAGUGAGACCUGCCAACUUGGUAAUAGAGGAACCAAUGCGCGUAGUAAAGGAGAGCAUGGUCGACACCAUGCAAAGCAGAAUGUUGGGCGGGCGUGUGACCGAGUCAGUGGUCUCGCGUGUAUUUUAAAAUGUAUAAUACAGCAACUAUGGGAUGAGGGGUUAGACAUCAUAAUAGACGUAAUUGAUAGAAUAACAUUAAUGUUCUAUAUUAUUAAGAUGCAAAUAAAUAACACGUGAAUAUAUGCCUA